AUGAGGUCUACUACUUUGUUUAUGUUUUCUUGUUUUUCCAUCUGUUUAAUUCUAAGCCAUGUUAAAGAGGUGGAAGCUGGAGCACCUCCACAAGACUGUUGGGAACUCGUCACAUUUCCUGGAAAAUGCGGAUUUCAUGGAAAGAAGAAAUGCUUUAAAGAAAUGGAAGCUAAAAUGAAACAACGCUUUCUUCAAUGCACAUGUAAGAACUUAAAAGAUGAACCCAAACCACCUAAAGACGAACAUGACUGCAUUUGUCAAAGAGAAAAUCCCUACGAAUGUAAUAAUGUCCCGUCUUAG